AUCUACUGGACUUGGAAACUGCCUUGUCCUCGUCUCGUCUCUCUCAUUGUGACUCUUCUCGACGUACCGACGUACUACAAAUAGGUCAUACACGGCGCACCUUGCUGUUUUGUGCAUUGCGGCGAGCGGCGGAACCAUUCCAUUCCCCUCCGCCACCGUCUUCCUGUUGUGGAAUCUCACACCUGAGAGGGAGAGGAGGGUUUGGCUUUUACAGGGUAUCUGUAAUACCUUGAGUCAUCGGGUCAACUGAAACCAAGCAACACGCAGCAACAACUCGCACCCAUUCUCAAUCAUCAUCUCUCAGCUUCCAUCGCAAAACUAUCCACCUUUGUGUCUGCCGGCUCUAGUCGUGCCCACCAGUCCAGCAGCAACACGCCCUGGUCGCCGGCAGUAGUCGUGAUCAACUUCCGCUCGCACACCACCCAGAGCACCCUUACGCCGCUGGCCUAUCAACAUCGUCCCUCGCCUUUCCCGCCCCCUCCCCUUCCUGCCUGUCUUGAAUCCCCGUUGCCAGCCCAGCAACACAUCUCAACCACGUCGCGACAGCGACAUCCUCAAAUCUCUUCUACACAAGCAACGCCCAGGCGCGCGUGCCCAAGAAGGAACGACACGAGCGUCGAUCCGUCCUUCCCUCCGAUACCUUCCCUCCCAGCGCCCGCCCACGAGAGCUACCGGAAAGCGGCGCCCCCCACCCCACCCGUGUUGACAGGGGCGUCACCACGCAUCACGCGCCGCCGCGGGGAGUCCAUUUGUAUUUGAACGAACCUUUGGCCUCGUCAUCAACGUCGCGUCCUUCCUCACACACGCCAGCAUCCAAAAAGUACGACCAGCAAGGAGAAUCAGCCCGACGGCUGCAUCGCACUGCGCGAGCUCUCCCCCCCCCUCCGCCCCAAACACGCCCAUCGUCAUCGAUCACGGCAACGGCGGACAUGGUCUCCUUCAUGUCUACCACGUCUCGCGAUCUCGUGACAGUCACUGGGCAAGGAGCUGCAGACUCGUAUUCGCAGCCCCAGUCGAGCAACUCGUUCGAGUCUGAUGACACUCCGAUGACCCCACCGGACCUGCACAAUCUCGACGAUCAUUAUGGCGCACCGGCGGACACGGACAUCGCAUCCGCGUCUUAUGAAUCUCACCCAAGUAAUGUGACACCCACGUCGUCAAUGGUAAAGAGAGAUACAGCACACGAGACUGUUGGAAUCAAGCUUGUCAGUCAUGGACAGGACAACACGGCCUCGCUACAACAGUGGGCAAGAGAUCACACAGAGUGGACAACCGACAAUGCCGCCUCUGAAACUCGCGUGACUGAGCCUGUGAUCUCUGCCCGCAGUCGAGGAGCUGCAACAGUUUGCUCCAUUUCCACGCUAUCCCCUCCGGCACUCUACCCGCUACCAACGGCACUACCAACCGGAGCUCACCACCAUCACCGAACAAGUUCGCUCGUCAACACGGUGCCAACACCUAUCGAGCAUCAUCGUGCAUCAGUCAUUAGUUCUUCGUCGUCGGGGUCGGGAUCCUCCAACGGUGGCGGAUCAAUAAAGGCCGACACUCCACCCCCGCCACGAUGGGCUCAACCUCCAGCAAAGAUGAGCUCGUACUCUGGCCGCGCGUCGUCAUUUGAUAACGGCCCCGAGCGUCCCGACAUCGACUUUGACCCCGAGCUUCUAGAGGGACCUGCCGGCGAGUGGAUUGAAGUCAUCAAGGGAGAGUCUGGCCGCAUUGCCAUCAAGAGCACUUCGUCGGUCUACGAAGUCAUGGUCUGGCUCCCAGGCUUCCAACUCGACGACAUCACCAUUACGACGCGACGCAAUCAAAUGUUGCAUAUUGUGGCGGACCUGUGGGAUGAAAAUGACCAUGCUCAGUGGGAGAUCAAACUCGGUGACGAUGCCAUCAUGACGUCUGUCCGCGCAAACUUCAGUGGUAAAGUCCUGCGCGUUACUGUCACUCGUGCCGAGCGAUUUGUAAGGCCCGCCACCAGAUCAUCUCGGUCUGUCCGGUCCAACAAUUCGAACGUUACAAUGGCCUCUGCACAGGCGCCAAGCUUUACCGCCACCAUGGGCAGCCAUGCGGCCGCGUAAAGUCCGAUUCGCGACUCGGACUUGCCACCGGUUUCCUUUCCGUUCACUUCAGACGCCGAGAGCCGACAUCUUUGGCGCUUCGCCACGGCGCAGCCGCUCCAUGCACCGCCUUCUCCACUUGAGGAUCAGCGACCCUCCCCACAUCGACGUGCGCGCCACCUUUCGGCGCCACCACGGCGAUCUUAACGCCCCCAUCGACCUGCACAGCUUUUGGCACUGGCUCCGUUUCAGGACGGGCUGGUGCCAGGAUCUCACAACCCGCACCACCGCCCCCAAUCCCAUCUCGGUUUUCUCCAACCACACCCACCACCACCACCACCACCACCAC